UAUUGGUGGGUGUGUUGGUUAUAGUAAUGGCACAUCGUAUCUGUUAAUGACAGAACGCCCUUCGAGUCAAGGGAGGAGCUUAACACUGCUUGAUCACUUCAACAGACAAUCGAAACGCAGGAAGAAGCACUAUGCAUCUCUUUGGGGGCUCGUAUUUUAUCUUUGGAGUCUGCCUAACUGUAUUAGUCACAUUGACGUCGGCUGCAAAAUUCUGUGGAAAGCCACCUGCAGCGCCAAAACCAGGAGGGAAACUGAAAGUCUCGCCUUCUUCUCGUAGCAAUAAACGCAUCAAAGACGGCACAUCGGUAAAGUACAGUUGCAAAUCAAACUACGAAUUGAGAGGAACAAAACGGAGAAUAUGUACGAAUGGUAAAUGGAUUCCCUCAGAAAAGAAAAAGACUAAAUGUAUUCUCAUCGGCUGCGGCCACUUGCCUCUCACUAAUGCAAUAGCCUCGACAUCUCGUCCGGGUCCUGUUUAUCCAUUUGGUACAAAAGCAACCUACAGUUGCAAAAAGGAUUAUAACUUCACCGGAUCUCACAUACUUCGCUGUCUAGAGACAGGAAAGUGGUCUCCGCUUGACAAUAUUCCUCGCUGCAUAGAUUUGUACCCUUGCGGACCUCCUCCUCCUGCACCUCAACCAGGCGGUACAUCGUGUGUGACGAGCGACAGCAGGCUUAAAUUUCCGGUAGGUUUUCGCGUCAAUUACACGUGCCCGACAGGAUUUGGCCUAGAUGGAGUGCCAUAUCGAAUCUGCCCAAAAGACGGAUUUUGGUACCCAAGCGCAAGGAAGCACACAUGCAUUAAAGGUUUAGUUACUUGUCCUGAUCCAGGCAUUCCAGACAAUGGUUAUAUUAUAGUCACUUCCUUUGCAGUAAACCAUAUGGCAUCAUUUGGGUGCAAUACUGGAUACGAAAGAAAAGGAUCUGUUUGGAGAAUGUGCACAAAAUCAAAUGCAAAGAACCCUUUCUGGGAUGGACAACAGACUGAAUGUAUAGAAAUUUUCGAGAACCCGGACGUGCUUGCUGCUCGGUUUCGAGAGUCAUUUAUCGAUAGGACAAUAGCGUGUGUUAGAUCUAAUCAAACGACUAUAGUUCCCAGCUCGACGAUAGAACCAAAUCUAGCUGACACUCCUCGAUCAGCAUGCCAGGGUAAAACGGUAGUCUUAGGGGAGGGAUGCGUAGAUCUUAUAUUCGCUGUUGACACCUCACUCAGUGUUUCGGUAAAGGGUUUCAAUAAAAGCAUCGAUUUUGUGGCUAUAAUUCUUCGACUUUUUUAUCUAAGUCUUGGGACGGAAAGAGUAUACUUUAUAACUUAUGACGUAGAAGUUAAAGUAUAUAUUAGGUUUAGUAAUACUAUCACAACAGCAGAGGCAUUGGAAAUAGUAAAGAACGCAAUUUUCACUGGCGGAUCAACUUUCGUAAAUGUUGCAUUUGAUUAUAUUGUGGACGUCAUACUAUCAGAAGCGAGGAAUGACUGCAAGAUAGCUUUGUUUCUCUUGUCAGACGGGCAGAAUAAUUGGGGAGGUAAUCCGGAAACAAAAGCCACAGAACUAAAAACAACUUCUAAUGUAGAAAUCUACACAAUUGCUAUUGGAGAAUCCCAAAAAGGAUGGGACUCACUAAAACGAAUAGCGUCAGGGCAUGAUAACUUUUACGCUGUAAGAGAACCUGGAGACAUAGAGAAGUUUGCUAGAAAAGCUGUUGAAGUACCCCUAGAGUAUGGAAAACAGUGUGGUAGAACGGCAGUCAAGGAGAAGAAAUGCAGGGACCAACUAGACGAUCAUUGCAGAAGUAGUUUAGGAGCAUGGCCGUGGAUGGUGGGAAUUUACGCUUUGGGUAAAGGCAAGAACAAAAAGGAAACUAUGAUUUGUGGAGGUGCACUCAUAGGCAACUGUCACGUGCUUACAGCGGCACAUUGCCUUAAGCCCGACAAUAACACUGCAUACAAGAAAGACGACGUGCUGGUUGUUGUUGGUAACACUGAUCGAUUGGUAGACGAAAAGACCGAGGAUACACAUAAAGUUGACGAAAUUUUGAUUCAUCCUUCAUACAGUCCUAUCACGUUGGAUUACGAUAUUGCAAUACUCAAACUAAGUUGCAACGUUAGCUACAACCAUUACGUAAGAAAAGUUUGUAUGCCUGACUGUAACAAGACAACAGAUCUGUACAAAACAGGCAAAAAGUGCACAGCAGCCGGAUGGGGAGCCACUGACUACCAGGAAGGAGAAGCUUUCCAUUUGUCGACGCAUCUGCACCACAUUGAACUACCAGUUGCAGAUAAGGAGGCGUGCAAAGAACUUUCUGAAUAUCCAAUUACACCCAGGAUGUUUUGCGCUGGCGAUGCAUCAGGGGAGAAGGGCGUUUGCAAAGGUGACAGUGGAGGCCCUUUGUUUUGUAAAACAGAAAGUGAACUCGGAUGGGUGUUGACUGGAGUUGUCAGCUGGGGAGAAGGAUGCAAGCGAGCUCGAAAGUAUGAUAUCUUUACCAAUGUCUGCAAUAACGAAAUCAACUCUUGGAUAGAUGAGAAAAUAGAAAAGCACUCGUGCAGAUUUUGCGUCGAUGAGUCCGACUGCAGUUGCCAGGACAGACCAUCAAUUAAUGUGGUCUAAUCCAAUCAACUUCCCAUGGAGUAUUUCUCAAAGAACGGGUAUUAGUUUAGGCAUAAGAACUAAAGACAGUGAUUGACACAGUCGUAGUUAGUUCACUGUUUUGUGCUACUGACGUGUUGCAUUAUAUAUAAUGCUUCAUUGGUUGCAUGCAUGUUCGCAACAAUCACAAAUUGCUGUUGUUGAAAAUAGAGUGUUAGCUGUAGGCCUCAAGUUUGCACUGCAAUUAA